CUGCUCUCCCUCCCUGUCUCGCUCCCUCCCCUAAAUACCGAACGAGUGGCUGAGCCGUACCGUCCGUGGAAACAUGUGCAAUAAAAUCCAACAUCGAAUCAAGCGCUGAGAGGAGUUAAUACGGACCGAAAUCAUUAGCACCGGAGACAGAACAGAAGGGGGCUGCGGCGCCACCGAGAAAGGGCUGCCAGGAGGGGCCUUGAAACGACCAGUGGUGGUGAUUCAGACCGACAAAACAAUCGAAAACUAGAGCAAUUAAUUGGUGACAUCCCCAAACAGCUAUACAAAAAGGCUACGCCAAUAGAGUCGUUGUAUAACUGAAGGUAAUAUCGGACACAGAACACGAGACUCCUCCAGGCAUGUUUGCCAGCCCUCCGUCAGGCCCCCGACGCAGUCAUGAAGUAAAACGGGAGACUCACCGAGUGGGUCCACGGGGAAGCGGUGACGUGAUGGCGGCGGCGGGGCGUGGGGCGGUGGGUCGGGUCAUCCGGUACACGACCCACUCUUGCCUGGACCCCGGCAGGCAGCGGCGCGUGGUGCGGCGGCCCGGCCUGCUGGUGUACGGCCGCCGGUCCGCCCUCAUCACGGCCAGGCUCAGGCGGCGGCGGCGGGGGCGGCGGGGCAGGGGCGGCAGGCUCCCGCGCCUCCUGCUGCCGCGGCCACGCUGGCGCGGGAGGAAGAGGAGGAAGCAGGCGACCCGCAAGGCUCGGAGCGGCGAGACGAAGCUUCGAACCGAGACAACGAGCCGCGGGCCAUUUGACCACCGCCGCCACGGGCAGGAGCGGAAGGGGCCGAGGGCGGCGAGGGCGGCGAGGGCGGCGGGGAGGGCGUCAGGCCGCCGCCAGGAGCCCCACCCCAGAGCUAUGCCCCUGGGGGAGUGGCGGAUUGUGCUGCGGGACAAGACGCGGCGGCGCGAACACGACGACGACCCCGAGACGGACGACGUGGCGGCGUGUGGCAACCCCCGCGUGGCGGCGGCACGAGAUGAGUCUCGACCGGCGCUCCAGGCGCCCUUGGUGCCCCCUCACGGGCCCCCCACUCCCCAGAUUGAGACGCGGCGAGGUAGCCCCCCGCCCAGGGUGGAGCUGGGGCGUGACCUUACCGCUCCGCACCUUGGGGCUGACAGCGCCUCGUGGGGCUUCCCAGUGUUGCCACAGCGGGGCGCGGCGCGGCGCUGCGGCCCCGGCGGCUGGUGGAGGGGCACCGUGGCACCGCGCCCUCGGCCCCUCAGCUUCCCGAUGGUGGUGGAGAAGGCGAUGCUGCACCCGCGGCUCCUCAGGGGGCAGCAGGAGGCGCCGCGCGAGGCUUGCGUAGCACCACGACCUACCCCACACGCGCCAGCAGAGAGAUGGUCACAAGAAGGCGCCCCCCGGACGGCGUGGCGGCCCCCCGCGUCCCUGCCGAAGCUCGUGGCCACCAGGCUGUCGUGCCUCCAUCUGUGGGACGCCCCGGCACCCGCCGCCGCGCCGGAGGGGCUGGAGGGCCACGCAGUGCCGGGCAUGCCGCGCCCCGCGUCCCCAAGCCGGCGCCGCAGCCCCCCGCCCGUCGCAACGCCGCCGCGGCAGGACACACAGUCCCGGACACCCACGCCUGAGGGCGCCACGGUCGGGGGUGAGCAGUGGGGAGGCGCAGAACUCAGUGACGGCGACUUCCCGCCACCAGAGGGCCAGGACGCGGGCGAGGAGGGGCCUGUGUGGCGGGGAGACAGCCCGUCCCCCGAGGCGGUGCUGCUGACGCGCGCCUUGCUGCGGGCCAAGGCUGCCUUCAUGCGGCCGCUGCGCGGGCGGCGCAGAGCAGGCUUCGUGACGCAAACCUUCACCGGGAGCGAGACCGACAGCGACGAGGCAUCGGGCGGCGCCAAGAGGAAAAGGAAAAAGAAGAGGCGUCGAGGAAAGGCCGGAAGAGGGAGAAAGACCAAGGGGGAGGCGAGGAAGAGGGAGGAGGACAAGGUCAGCGAGUUGGCCAAGACGGACAUCUUUAGCCAAGACAUCAUCGCGGAGCUCCUGAAGCUGCAGGUGCCGCGGCGACAACGGACCAAGCAGCAGAAGGAGGAGGAGGCGCGGAAGAAGCGUAGGAAGAAGCGGAGGAGGAACAAGAAGAGGAGGGGAUCGGAGCGGGGCAGGGAGCAGCGGGAGGGGCUUCUGGUGACCCUGACCCGCAACACCGCCUUCUGGUACGACGUGACCUCAAGACUGCGCUCCGUGACCACCACCCCGACCACCACCACCACCACCGCUACUCCCUUCCCCGCCACCACCAAGCACACCAUCUCCCACACCUCCUUCCCCUCCAUCACCACUACCUCCUCCUCCUCCUGUAACCCUAAAACCACGAAGGGGAAAUUCAAAGCAACGGUCAUGACUUUGCGAAACAGAGGAAACACGACAAAAGCAACAGAAGAGGAGGAAGACGAAGACGAUGAGGAGGAGGAGGAAGAAGAACAAGAGGGAGAAACUAUUACCUCCUCCUCCUCCUCCUCCCUUCCCUCCACGCAACUCCCUUCCAUACACAAGACCGCCCCUUCGAAGUUCUACCAAGUUGCCUCCGCUUUCGUCACCGCGGAGAAGAAUUACUACAGCCUGCUGCCUCCCCUCAACCCCACGUGGUCUGACGCCCUCGACACCCUCUUCCCCUCGCUUCCUCAGCCCUCGGACAGCGUGGACUCGGGCCUGGGCGGGGAGAAGCAACGGCCGAAGAGGCGAGCAAGGCGACCAGGGAAGAAGAAGGCGGAGGAGGGAGGAUUGGACGACCCCGGACAGACUGCGGUGUCGGCGGCGGGGGAGAGUCGAACGGGGUCCUCUCGUCGCUCGGGCAGCAGCCACUCCUCUAAACCCACCUCGGCGCGCUCCUCGAAGUCGUCCUCCUCCCACCGACGCAUGCACGACCCGCUCUCAUACGACCCCAAGCAAUUCCUCGGGGACGGGACGCCGGCGGAGGGAGGCUCGGAGCUCAAACGCCUUCAGGAGACCCUUGGCGGAGGCGGCGGCGGAGGAGGAGGAGGCGGCGGCGGCGGCGGAGGAGGAGGAGGAGGAGGAGGAGGAGGUGGAGGAGGAUCUAAUCUCACUGAGGCGGAGGUGUUCUGGUUCACUCUCCCUCGAUCUCCCUCCCACCGCGCCGCCAUUUUUACUCUCCCUGUCCAAAUAUCUCGACUUCUGGGCAUGACCUCCAUAGAGUAUCUCGCGAAGUACAUGCGACUGAGGACUUCGCGGAGACAACUGUAUUCAAGAGUCUUCGUGAGGCAUCGGGAUCUGGAGAGUAUCCGCGUGGAGAGGAUGCUGAUGGAGGACUUCAAACCCGCCCUCGGAGACGCCCUCGGAGGCGCCCUGGACGAAGGACAGCUGGGGCGGCUCCUAGAGAUCCUGCCACUGCCGAAGGAGGCGCUGGAGAAGGAGUUUUUUGUGCUGGUUGCCGCCUUUGCUGAGAGGUUCUUCUGCUAUGAGCUCCUGGCGGCCCCGGAUGUGGAGGUGGAGCCCAGGGAUUUAGUGGAGCAGCUUGACUUCCGCCACCUGGACGAGAGGAUAGAGGGAGUGGCGCUGGAUCCUCGCCUCCGCCAACUCCUGCUCACCGUACGGGACCUCGGCUAGUUGGCAAUGCUCCCCUGUGGCCUUGCGUGUGACCCCGUGGGCUUAAGUGCUCCCCUGUGGCUGUAUGUGUUCUCUUCUGGCCCUUUGGUAUCCCCUGUGGUUCCCCGUGGGCUUUGAGAGUUCCCAUGUGGUUCUAUCGUGUCCCCUGUGGCCUUAAGAGCUCCCCUGUGGCCGUAUAUGUUCUCUUCUGGCCCUUUGGUAUCCCCUGUGGUUCCCUGUGGCCGUUAAGAAUUCCCAUGUGGUUCUAUCGUGUCCCCAGUGGCUCGUAUGUGGUUCCCUGUGGUUCUUUUUUGUUCCCUGUGGUACUCUCGUGUCCCCUGUGGUUCUUAUGUGUUUCCCCUGUGGUUUCUCUCUUCUCUUCGCCCAUCCACCGUUUUCUUCGUCCUUGUCCCAUUUUCUUUCUUCCAUGGUCUCUUUUUCUUCUACAUACCAUCCACCAUUUCCUUCAUUCCUGCCCCAUUUCUUUCUCCUCCAUUCCCUUUUUCCUCUCUCAAUGUCGUCAUUCACUUCUACUUCCUUCAUUCCUGCUCCAUUUCCUUCUCCUCCAUUCCCUUUUUCCUCUCCCUCUUCUACUUCCUUCAUUCCUGCUCCAUUUACUUCUCCUCCAUUCCCUUUUUCCUCUCCCUCUUCUACUUCCUUCAUUCCUGCUCCAUUUACUUCUCCUCCAUUCCCUUUUUCCUCUCCCUCUUCUACUUCCUUCAUUCCUGCUC